UCUGACUUACGUCAGUGGGUGUUUCGGACGGCGGCCAUUAUUCUACGUAUAAUUAUUAAUUUUUUUGCUGUUUUGUGCUAAUAACAAGAAACUUAACUAUUUUCGACAUAUUCUAUAAUAUUAUAGUUUUGGAAAAAAUACAUUUAUAGUACAAAAAUGAAUCCAGAAUACGACUACUUGUUCAAACUACUCCUGAUUGGUGACUCUGGCGUUGGAAAGUCAUGUCUGCUGCUCAGGUUCGCUGACGACACUUACACAGAGAGCUACAUCAGCACUAUUGGUGUAGACUUUAAAAUAAGGACUGUAGACUUAGACGGCAAGACAAUAAAGUUACAAAUAUGGGACACAGCUGGACAGGAGCGGUUUAGAACCAUCACCUCAUCAUACUACAGAGGGGCGCACGGAAUUAUCAUUGUUUACGACUGCACAGACCAGGACUCAUUCAGCAACGUGAAGCAAUGGCUGGAGGAGAUCGAUCGCUACGCGUGCGACAACGUCAACAAGCUGUUGGUUGGCAACAAGUGCGACCUCACCACCAAGAAAGUCGUCGACUACACUACAGCCAAUCAAUACGCGGAACAACUGGGCAUCCCAUUCUUGGAGACGUCAGCUAAGAACUCAACGAACGUCGAGCAGGCGUUCAUGACGAUGGCGGCGGAGAUCAAGACGCGCGUGGGCCCGCCGUCCACGGGCGCGGCGCCGGUCGGCGGACAGGUCAAGAUCGACCAGGGACACCCCAUCGACACCGGCAAGUCCUCCUGCUGCUGAAUACGCCGCCUCUGGGCGGCGGAGGUGCGGAGUGCGGGUUGCGGGCGUGGCGGGCGGCCGGCGUUCGCUACACAACAAAUGCAAUUACCACAAAACGUUUCAUGAUCGCAACAUUAUAAUUAUAAAUAAAAUAAAUAUUAUAUAGUGCAGGCGCUACGCGGCCGAGCGUCGCCGCGCUGAGUAAGCUAACUUUCUAUUAAGUUGCUAUUGUCCGAUUAUCUUGUUAGUUAAAAGAAAAGAGGUGAAAUGGAAGGGUGUAUGUUUAUACAUGUUUAUAUAUAAUGAAUAUUGUAGGUUAAUUUUGUGCUGUUUCCAGAAUAAGAAUUUUGAUGCAGGUUUAAAUAACUGUGAGCCACAUGUAGAUCGUAUGCGCGGGAAAUUCACAGGAUCUUUAUGGUUAUAUAAACGUUGUAAUUGAAAGCUUUGUACUACUUGUUAUCGUACGAGUUGGUUGAGAAGUCGUGAGCGCAUCGCGAGGUCGGCUGCGCCGGGGCCCAAGUUGUUGUUCUUCAUUUGGCUUCGUUAUUAGUGUUACCUAGUGUAAGGUAAGUUAAGAUCGAUAUGAGAUUGUAGGCGAGUGUGGCCCGGUGGCAGCCGGCUCAGCUGCGAAUCGAGUGUUUGCUUGCGUGACGUAGUCCCCGCCCGUACGUCACUUAUCUCUCAAGCUGUCCAUUACGAACGUGUAGGCUAAUUUCCGUUUUAUUCCAGCUUGUGUUAAAAUUUAAUUUUUCAUCACUUAAAUUACUAAUUAUAAAACCUUAUUGUAUGCACUGGGUGUUUAUAUUAAUCAUUCUGUAUAUCGUACGGCUGGUAUUGUGUGGGGGUCGUUGAUUAUCAUUUUUACGCUCGUUUAUUUGUUAUUUUGCGUCGCGUACUAGGCACCAAGAAUUAUGACACACUGAUUCUAAUGGGACCAUUUUGUUAUUGCGAUAAUAGCAAUAUUUUAUGCAUUUGGCGCUGUCAUCAUAAUUUUCUCAUGUGCAAAGUCUUCACAUUAUGUUAGACAAAUUCAAUCAAAAUGGUACUUGUCUCCCAUACAAUACUAGCGUGCUGACCAUAUUGUAUUUAUUAUAAUAAAGCGUACUGGUGUUACGCUAUAUUGAAGAUUUUGUGUUGAUAUAUUUAAAUUGGAUCGCAAAUUCUAACACAAAAUUGUAGAUAUAGCAUAUUGGCCUUAGAUAAUUAGACAGAUAUACCUAGUAACUUGUAGCCAUCGAAGCGGGAUCAUAGUAUUAAUUAAAAGACAUAUUAUCAAUUAUCACGGUCGCAGCAAUAAUGUGAUAAAUUUAAAUUUUAACAUAGUGUCCAAUGUUUCACCUAUUAGAUUAGAUUCACUUGUAAGUUUUCGUCCUAUUUUUCACUUAAAUUGUUAAGAGAAUUAGGUAAAUGGUGAUAAGAAUUUCGAUACUAAUAUAUGAAACAUUAGACGAAAAAUUUAAUGCUAUAAAUUAUUUUAUUCUCUGUCGAUCUAUAUCUAUUUACGUUCGUCGUUAUUUUUGUACUAUUAUGUCAGAGUUAAGUUUACUUAAAUCAAGACCGCUAACCCCCUAUAAUUCUGUACUGAGGGUUUCUUAGAAAUUAAAACAGUAUGCUAUA